AUGGUAAACGGUGGUGAAGACAUCAGGCGGGAUGUUGCUGCGGGUGGAGAGCCAUUCAUACCGCACGUAGAAGCCCUCGUCAACAGGGGAAAGGCCAUCUCCGUCUACGACUAUUGGCAGCUGAACAAGAAGAAGCUCGCGCUACAGAAGCGCUACCUCGACCUCUGGAACUCGACAAAGUCUGAAAGCUCUGGCAAACCGAUUGAUAUUCUCCUCACACCCGUCAUGCCUCACUCUGCGGUACCUCAUCGGAAAUGCAGAUGGGUAGGAUACACCAAAGUCUUCAACUUCGUCGAUUACCCGGCAGUAGUACUGCCAGCUGGUGAAGUCUCGCAAGAGCUUGAUAGUGAGGCUGCGAAGAAGAUGGGCGAGUAUGAGCCUAGGAAUACACUAGAUGAGUGGAACUGGAAGACCUUCGAUUUGGACACAAUGGAUGGCAUGCCGAUAGGUAUUCAGGUCGUUGCCCGAAGAUUACAGGAGGAGAAGGCUCUAGGUGCAGCCACGGUUAUCGUCAGCAUAUUGAAGCAGGCCUAG